AUGAAUAUUAAAGAAAUAAAUACAAGCAAAAUAAAAAGUGCAGACUUAACACAUAAAAAAUCAUUUGAAGAUAAAAAGUGGGUUUGGAUACCCGACAACGAUAAAUGUUUUGUAUCUGGGUUUAUUGUCAAGCAAGAAAAUAAUUUUAUUUUAGUAAAUGUAAACAGUGAGAUAAGACAAGUUAAAGAAAAAGAUAUAAUGAAAAUGAAUCCAUCUAAAUUUGAUAUGAUAGAGGAUCUGGCAGCCUUGAGCAAUUUAAAUGAACCUAGUAUUCUUCAUAAUAUUAUAACUAGGUAUCAACGUAAUUAUAUCUAUACUUAUUCCGGGUUGUUUUUAUUGGCUGUUAAUCCUUACAGGGAGCUAAAUAUUUAUUCUGAAAAGUUUAUAAGGAAAUAUGUUAAUUUUAAAAAGAAUGAUCUUAAGCCACAUAUAUAUGGUGUAGCCAAUGAGGCAUAUUGCAAUAUGAUGAAUAAUAAAGAGAAUCAAAGCAUUUUAAUUACAGGUGAAAGUGGUGCAGGAAAGACUGAAAAUACAAAAAAAGUUAUUGAAUUUUUGGCUUCAAUUGCUGGAGUGUAUGAAAGUUUGAAUAAAAGUUCUAGUACAACAAGUAUGGGAAUUAGAAAUAAAAUUUUAGAAGCUAAAAAUUCAAGAAUUUUAAAUAUUAGUAGUGAUGAAAUAUCAAUUGAUAAAAAGAUUAUUAUGACCAAUCCAAUUCUUGAGGCAUUUGGAAAUGCUAAAACCUUUAAAAAUGAUAAUUCAAGUAGAUUUGGAAAAUUUAUUCAGAUUAAAUUUAAUGGGAAUCGAAUUUGUGGUGCAUUUAUAGAAAAAUAUUUACUAGAAAAAAGUAGAAUUACUUUUCAAAAUUCGAAUGAAAGAAACUAUCAUAUUUUUUAUCAAUUAUUAGGAUGUGGUGAUGUUGUUUUAAAAAAUUCUCUUUUUUUAGAAGAAAAUUCAAAGUACCGCUUUUUAAAAGGAACACAUAAUAUUAAAGGAGUUGACGAUGGUGAAGAAUUUGCUAUACUUAGAAAAUCAUUUAGAAAUUUGGAAAUUUCAGAAGACGUCGAACUGUUUUAUUAUAAAAUAGUUGCAGCAGUUUUACAUUUAGGAAAUAUUAAAAUAUGUGAAAAAGAUGGCAUUGCAGAGAUUGAAAACUUUAUUGUCGUGGAAAAAAUUUGUAAACUUCUAGAAAUUUCUUCUGAGCAGUUUGUAAAUAGUUUACUGUGCCCUGUUAUAAAAGCAGGAAAUGAAUUUGUAACUCAAAAUAGAACUGUAGAACAAGCAUAUACGAUUAUUGAUGCAUUGGCUAAAAUUUUAUAUGAUAAAAUGUUUGAUCAGUUGAUUAAUGAUUUAAAUAGUAAGCUUGGAACAUCUUAUAGUACCAAUUUUAUAGGUGUUUUGGAUAUUGCAGGAUUUGAAAUAUUUAACGAAAAUGGAUUUGAACAAUUGUGUAUUAAUUAUACAAAUGAAAAGUUACAACAAUUUUUUAAUCAUCACAUGUUUGUUUUAGAGCAAGAAAUAUAUAAAAGAGAAAAAAUUGAUUGGAAUUUUAUUGAUUUUGGGUUAGAUUUACAACCUACAAUUGAUCUUAUUGAAAAGAGUAAUCCUAUUGGAAUAUUGAGUUAUUUAGAUGAGGAAUGUGUUAUGCCACAAGCAUCUGAUAAAACUUUUUUAAACAAGCUUAAAAAUAUUCGAAGUAAAAAAUUUAAAAAUGUUUACUUUAAAGAAGGAUUUAUUCUUGAACAUUAUGCAGGAGAUGUAGAAUAUUUAGUUAAAAACUGGAUAAGUAAAAAUAAAGAUCCUAACUUUGAAAAUAUUAAUGAUUUAAUAAAGAAAUCAUCAAGUUUGUUUGUAAGCAGUUUAAGUUUUAAUGAUAAAAAUAUUAAAAGAGGAUUUUUUAGAACUGUUGCACAGAAACAUAAAGAACAGCUUAGCUGUUUAAUGAAGACACUUUCGAUGACUAAUCCACAUUUUGUAAGGUGUAUUAUCCCAAAUCUUAAAAAAUCGCCAAAUUGUCUUGAUAAUAAAUUAAUAUUAAGCCAAUUAAAAUGUAAUGGUGUUUUAGAAGGAAUAAGAAUAAGUAGACAAGGAUAUCCUUCAAGAAUAAGUUACGGUGAGUUUGUUGAAAGGUAUAAAAUACUUAGAGCUGAUUAUAAUGAUAUUUAUAUGACUGUGAAUCCUGAUAAACAAGAAGAAUCUUUCGAAUUACUUAAAAGUCUGAACCUUUCUGAUACGCAAUAUAAACUUGGAGUUAGUAAAAUAUUUUUUAAACAAGGUGUUUUAGCAGAUAUUGAAGAUUUAAGAGAUAUUAGAAUAGAUGAAAUUAUGAGAACAAUACAAUCUUUAGUUAGAAAAAAGUUAGACAAGCUUAAAUUGGAUUUAGAUGAACAGCGUAAAAGAAAUCUAAUUCUUUUAAAAAAGAAUGCUAAUAUUUGUGUUGAUUUACAAAAAUGGAAUUGGUGGAAAUUGUAUAUUAAGAUAAAACCUUUGUUAGAUGUAAGAAAAAGGGAUAACGAAUUAAAAGAAAAAGACAAAAUCAUUGAAAAAUUAAAUAAGCAAAUUGAAGAUCUUCGCAUGGCUAUUGAUGAACAGCAAGCUCUUAAUAAAGUUUCUAUUCAAGAAAAUGAGAAGCUAAAUAAAGAUUUAGAACUAGAAAAAAUUCAUUCAAUUGAAAAAGAAGAACUUGUAGAAGGCAUGAGAAAUGAACUAAAGAAGUUUGAGGACGAAAAUACUAAUUUGAAAAGUAAUGUUAAACUUAUAAAAGAUGAAUUUAUUAGAGAUAAAGAGAUAUUUUUGAAUAAAUUAAAAGAGCAAGAAGUUAUUAAAGAUGACUUGCACAAAAAAAUAAGUUAUUUAGAAAAUAAAAAUAUCCAAAGUGCAAAUGAAGAAGUUAAAAAUCUUAAUAUGACUAUUUUAAAUCUUGAAAAGGUAAAAGAAAAGCUUUUAAAUGAGCAAAAACUUGACAAGAAUUAUAUUGAAGAUAUUUUAAAAAAGAAUCAAGAAUUCAAAGACAUUGAGUCAAAACUUACUUGUAAGGUUCAAAAUCUUGAAAAUGAUUUACAAGCAACACGAAAAAAACUUGAAAUUUUUGAAACUAAUUUUAAAAAGCUGAAAGAUGAAAAUAACGAUCUUGUAUUUGAGAAUGAAGCUUUUGAAAAAUCACUUAAUAAGUUAGAAAAAGAUAUCGAAGCAAAAAAUAUAUCUUUAAUUAAAGCCAAUGAUGAUAAAAAAAGACUUCAGUCAGAAUUUGAUGCAUUAACUAUUAAUUACAAUAUGACUUUGAAAAAGGUUGAUGAUUUAAAAGAACAGGUUAUUGAUUUAGAAAAAUCUUUUUCUGAUAAUUCAAAGAUUGAGAAGUCGAAUAUUCAGUUCGAGAAAAUUAUUAAAAAAUUAAAAGAGAAGCUUGAUUAUUAUAUAAGAUCUAAACAUAUUUUAAGGCAAGAGAUUGAUGAAAUAAGAGAAAAUAAUUCUUUUUUAACUCAAACAAAAAUGGAGGAAUUGUUUGAAAGUGAAAGGAAAUAUGAAUCUGAAAAGAAAAGUUUAAAAAAAGAAAUACAAAUACUUACUUGUAAAAACAAUGCAAUGAAAAAGGAACUUGAUAAUUUUAAAGCCAUUUCUGAAUCUUCAGAUGAUUCUACCUUAGAAAAAUUGUACAAUUUGUUAGAUAAAGAAAAAAAAUUAAGAAGAGAACAGGAACAAAAAAUAUUAGAGCAUGAAAGUACCAUUUAUAAUUUACAAAAUCAAAUCAAUGAUUUGGCCCAAUGUAAAUGUUCUAUGAAUGCAGGAUGUACUUGUAAAUGUUUACCUUGUGUUACAUCUUGUAGAGUUAUGUAUCAAAAAGUAGAUACACUGCAUUCCGAAGAAUUAGAAAAAAUUAUUACUGAAAUUAAUAUUUUAAUAGAAGGUUUUAAUACAACAUUUUAUGAGAUUUUAAACAAGCAAAAGUUAAAAAUACAUUCAUUGAACGAUGAAAUUAUUAGUCUUAAAGAUGAAAUAUUAGAAAAAAUUAGAGUUAUUAAUGAAAUUGAUAAUAAAUUUAAUUUAUUAAAUCGUAGAUACAAUGAAUUAAAUAACUUACAAAAAGAAACACUUAGUGAACUUUCAAUUAGUAAUAGCGAGAAUAAUAAUCUUGUUGCAAAAAAUAACUUUAUGGAGAAUUCUUUAUUAGAAAAGAAUGCCAUUAUUGAGACAAUAAAGAAGAAAUAUGAGGAGGUUAUUAAUAAAUUUAAAUAUCUUGAAGAAGAGUCUAAAAAAGAAUCAGACUUGUUUAUUAGCAAUUUUAAGCAAAUGUCAGAUGCAUGUGACAAUAAAAUUAAAAUAAUAUCUGACGAGAAAAAGAAAGAAAUUUUACAGUUAAAAUCUAAACUAGAAGAAACAGAAAGAAAGUUAUCUGAUUGUGUAAAAAAUAAUGAAAUACUUACCUUUGAAAAUAAUGAACUUAGAAAGAAUAAUAAAAAAGUUAAAAUUGAGUCUUUAGUGAUAAAUGACAAUAGUAAGCAUUUUGCUAAAGUUAAAGAAUUAGAAAAAAAUAAACUACAGCUGGAGAAGGAAAUUAGAAACUUGAAAGAUGAUAAAAAAAGAUAUGAAAUGAAUAUUAAUAAAAUUUCUAAUGAAAAUAAGGAUUUAACAGAAAAACUUGAGGAAAUAAAGAAAGAAAAUUUUACUAUAAGUAAAGAAAAUGGAAAAUAUAAUUUACAGAAGAGACAGAUGGAAAGAGAGCUGUCUGAUAAUCAACAGAUGUUAGAUUUCCUAAAGCAUGUUAGUCUUACAUUUAAAAAAAAGAAAUAA